AUGUUUUAUGAAGAGAAUCCUGUCGUAAAGUGCAUCUUGAAAAAAAAUAAAAACGCCUACCGGGAUACAAUAAAAUAUCUCGCGGAUCGACUGGAGGAGGCCGAGAUCAGCAUUCCUCAAAUGGAGGAGAUUCUGGAAGAGGGGAAAAAAGAAAUGAAGGUCCUGGAUGAAAAAAUGAGUGAAAAUGAGGAGGAACUGAAAGACAAGACAGCCGAAGUUGCUGAAAGGAAAGAAGAAUUGGAGAUCGCGUUGAAAAAAAUAAAAGUACUGCAACUAGAGGUGGAGAUUGAGAAGAAGAGCUCAGAGAGCAUUGAAGAUUUUUUCAAGAGUAAAAUUGGCACACUCCAUCAUGAAGCAGAGCACUUUGCAGAUCGUGUUAUUUCUUUGAAAAAAGAAAACGAGCAACUUGCUCUGCAAUUGAAGCAGUUGAAUGAAGAUAGGAGUCAACUCACAAAAACGUAA